AUGCACCUUUUAUCGGUUUCUUUCACAUAUAUUCUUCUUCUCUGCAAACCUAUAGAGUCUUAUAGAGGUCCUAUUGAUGUUAUUAAUCCGAACAAUUCCAUUUCUUGUUCGUUUGAUUACAUCGUAGAUGAUAUAGAAACAAGGCUGAUAAUUCCAUAUAAAUCGUCUUUUAUAACUGCAAUUGUAGAAUCGAAAAAUCUGAUAUGGAAAAGCUUGUACGAAGAGAGAUGUGUCAUGAUAACACUCCGUCUAAAGGAUGGAAAGCCAUUGAUUGCACAAAUGGCUCUUAUCCUACACCCAGUGGUAAUAACGAAAACACUCUACAAACAUGACAAUUUAUGGAAGAGUGACGUUUUAUUAAUGGAUACUAAGGAUUUAAAAGUACAUGUAGAUAACAUAACACCGUUCACCCUUAACAUAGCUUCUGGUGAAAAUGAAAAGUGUAAAGCGUUUGAAACUCUCAUGGAUAAACUUUUAAUUCGUUUUUACAUCCCUAGACCUGGGUAUAAUGCCACAAGAGUGACUUGUGAUGGCAUCAAAAUCUGGAAUGACACACCAAAAAUUGUUGAUGGAGUAUGGAAGCCCCAAAGAAGGGUAGUAAUGACCAAGGUUUACAUGAAAGACAACUAUCCAUAUAUUCUACAUGCCACUGUCAAGGAUGUUCAUAGAAAAACAACGUCAAAAUAUUUUUGCAGAGAAAAUGACAAGUGGAAGAAACUCAAAAAGGUUGAUUUCGAUAGUAAACGCACGGCUCUAAAAGAACUUUUGCAGAGGAAUAGCAAAAUUGACGAGAAUGUGGAUGAGAAAAUUAAUGCAUAUAUCCAAAACGAGGGAUAG